AGGUUUGACCAUUUCUUACCUGUAGGUAUCCAUCUAUGAGGACAGUUGGGACUGAGGAUACGUACACACCUGCUACAGGAAUGUUUUCCUUCUUCCUAACAUCUGAGGAGGCGGAGCUUCCAGGGGAGUUGCUUCUUCAGAAGCAGAGCUGAAAGACGAACUGCAGGAGCUGCGGAAGAUGACCGUUGAGUUUUGCUUCUUUACCGUCCAGGAGAAAUCAACAGGAUGCAGGUCAUAACCUGCAGACGGACGUUUCCUGUCAAACGUCACGACUCCGUUUUUACAGCAAUGCACCAUGAUCCAACGCAGCGCAGAAGCCCCGCCUCCUCCACCGACGGACCAGGACACAAACUCAGGAUCCAGGAUCUGAGUCAGAACUCCUCUGAGUCCGGAUGCUGGUCCGUCAGGAGUAACGAGUCGAUGGAGUCCCCUAUCGCCUUUGGGGACCGCCAAACCUUUCCAGAUAAAUCGCUGAUCCAGCACCCGAGUCUGAACCCCUCUGAGUCUGGAUGCUUGUCCCUCAGGAGUAAUCAAUCGAUGGAGUCCCCUCUCGCCUUUGGGGACCACCGAACCUUUCCAGAUAAAUCCCUGAUCCAGCACCCGAGUCCGAGCCCCUUUGAGUCCGGAUGUUGUUCCCUCAGGAGUAACAAGUCGAUGGAGUCCCCCCUCGCCUUCAGGAACCACAGAACCUUUCCAGAUGGAUCUCUGCUUGAAGACCAAAGUGCAGCAAUUGGAGGUGAUCAGACGACCAAAGAACCACAAACACAUCUGGACUCGGAAAAGACGGAAGAUCAUCUGCUGAACAGAUGUCCAGCUUCUGUCUGUGAGCAACGACUGAAGUCCUGGCUGAAGACCAACCUCCAGAGUGCGAUGGAGGGCGGCGCUCAGGCAGUAACCUCCCCUCUGAAUGAGAUCUACACAGAGCUCUACAUCACAGAGGAGGUGGCAGGAGAGCUCAAAGAGGAGCACGAGUUCAGACAGAUCGAGGCCGCAUCCAGGAGAACAGACAGACCCGAACAGACAAUCAGAAAAGAAGAUUUCUUCAAAGAAACAUCAUUCCGAACGGUGCUGACAAAGGGCGUGGCCGGCAUUGGGAAGACCAGCUUAAUGCAGAAGUUCACUCUGGACUGGGCUGAAGGCAAAAGCAACCAGGAGAUCCAGUUGAUGUUCCCAUUCACCUUCAGGGAGCUGAACAUGCUGCAGGACAGAACCCUCAGUUUGGUGGAUCUGCUUCAUCACUUCUUUGGAGAAACCAAUGAAGCAGGAAUCUCCAGCUUCGAUCCCUUCCGGGUCGUCUUCAUCUUCGACGGUCUGGAUGAGUGUCGACUUCCUCUGGACUUCCACAACAACCCGGUCCUGUCUGAGGUCACCCAGUCCUCCUUGCUGGAUGUUCUGCUGACAAACCUGAUCAGCGGGAAGCUGCUUCCAUCCGCUCGCAUCUGGAUCACCUCCAGACCGGCGGCAGCCUCUCAGGUUCCUGCGGAGUUUGUGGACAUGGUGACAGAAGUCCGCGGUUUCGCUGACCCUCAGAAGGAGGAGUACUUCAGGAGGAGAAUCAGGGAUGAGGAGCAGGCGAACCGGAUUGUCUCCCACAUCAAGAUUUCACGGAGCCUCCACGUCAUGUGCCACAUUCCAGUCUUCUGCUGGAUCACUGCCACGGUUCUGGAGGACGUGCUGAGGAGCAAAGAGGUAGGAGAGCUGCCCAAGAGCCUGACGGAGAUGUACAUCCACUACCUGGUGGUUCAGACCAAGCUGAAGAAGAGGAAGUACGAUGGAGAAACCCUCGCGGAUCCACACUGGACUGAGGAGAACAGACAGAUGAUCGAGUCUUUGGGAAAACUGGCUUUUGAACAGCUGCAGAAAGGAAACCUGAUCUUCUAUGAGUCCGACCUGACUAAGUGUGGCAUCAACAUCUCCGCAGCAUCGUGGUACUCCGGAGUCUUCACUCAGAUGUUCAAGAGGGAGACGGGACUGCAUCAUGAUAAGAUGUUCAGCUUCGUCCACCUGAGUGUUCAAGAGUUUCUGGCCGCUCUUCACGUCCAUCAGACCUUCAUCAGCUCUGGAGUCAACCGCUUGAAGGAAUCACAGACCUCUUUCUUCUCCAGACAGUUUUCUAAGCAUUUCAUCAAACCAAACCUUCAUCAUCUUCACAAGUGUGCUGUGGAUGCAGCUCUGCAGAGUCCAAACGGACGUCUGGACUUGUUCCUGCGCUUCCUCCUUGGACUUUCUCUGCAAAGCAACCAAAAACUCCUGCAGGGUCUUCUGACAGAUGCAGGAAGAAGCUCUCAUAGCAGCCAGGAGACGGUGGUGCACAUCCACGAGAAGAUCGAAGACCUGCCGACAGAAAAGAGCAUCAACCUGUUCCACUGUCUGAACGAGCUGAAGGACGAUUCUCUAGAGAAGAAGGUUCAGGAAGUUCUGGCAUCAGGUCGUCUCCAAAAGGAGAAACAGUCUCCUGGUCUGUUCCAGGCUUUGGUCUUCAUCUUACUGUCCUCAGAGGAGGACUUGGCCGUCUUUGACCUGAAGAAGUUCUCCACUCAGGAGGAUGAUCUUCUCAGGCUGAUGCCCACCAAGGCUGUUCUGAGCUUCUGCUGCCUCACCGAGAGAAGCUUCAAAGUUCUGUCUUCAGUUCUCAGCUCUGAGUUCUGCAGCCUCAGAGAUCUGGAUCUGAGCAACAACGAUCUGCAGCAGUCUGGACUGGAGCUGCUGUGGAGCGGACUUCAGAGUCCAAACUGUGUUCUGGAGACUCUCAGGCUGAGCGGCUGUUUGCUCUCAAACCUUCAGUGUUUCGAACUCCAGACACGUUUGAGGGAUCUGGACCUGAGCAACAACCCUCUGCAGGAUUCAGUGGAGCUGCUGUCGGCUGGACUCACAGGUCCUCAGUGUCACCUGAAAACUCUCAGACUGCAGGUCUGCGGUCUCUCAGAGAAAAGCUGCCAGCUUCUGUCUUCAGUCCUGACCUCUCCAUCCUCUCUGACGGAGCUGGACCUCAGCAACAACGACCUGCUGGAUUCUGGAGUGAAGCUCCUGUCUGCUGCUCUGGAGUCUCUGGACUGUCGGCUGGAAUCUCUCAGGCUGUCGGGCUGCCAGGUCUCAGAGGAAGGCUGCGUUUGUCUGGAUGAUGCCCUGAGCUCCAACCCCUCCCAUCUAAAGGAGCUGGACCUGAGCUACAACCAUCCAGGAGAGCUGGGAACCGAGCUUCUGUCCGCCAAACGGGAGGACCCAAACUGCAAGCUGGAGGCUCUCAGGUUGGAGCCGGCUGGAGUCCAGUUUUUAAGACCAGGAUUAAAGAAAUACUCCUGUGAGCUCAGCUUCAACACAAACACACUGAACAGGAACCUGAAGCUGUCCGAGGACCAAAGGGAGGUGAGGUUUGUGGAGGAGGAGCAGCCGUACCCCGACCACCCCGACCGCUUCCAGAAGAGCCACCAGCUGCUGUGUGGAAACGCUCUGAGCGACCGCUGCUACUGGGAGGCGGAGCUGACGGGCGGCGUCCACGUGUCUGUGAGCUACAGAGGAACCGUGAGGGGAGGAGACGGGAACGACGAGUGGUUCGGGGGGAACGCUCAGUCCUGGUCGCUGUACUUCUCAGGGGGAAGCUACACUGUGUGGCACGAUAAGAUAGGCACGUCCAUCCCUUCAUCCUCCUCUUCCUCCUCCGGCCCUCGUAGAGUAGCCGUGUACGUGGACCGUCCCGCUGGCACUCUGUCGUUCUACAGAGUGUCUUCAGACACGCUGACCCACAUCCACACCUUCAGCACCACCUUCACGGAGCCUCUGAGUGCUGGGUUUGGGUUGUGGACCUGGUCGGGUUUACCUGUUGCUUCCUCAGUGCGUCUGUGUUCUCUGUAGAGCAUAAAGAAGCUGUAGACUCUCAGCCUGAAGACGUCUUCUUUAGAGUUCUGGAUGGUGGAGGUUGAACCUGCAGACUCCUGCCGACGGAAACACUCUCAUAUGAUUCUUUGAUGGAUUCUCUCGCAAGCUGACCUCCAUAUCCACCUCCUGAAGACCCUGAACAUGAGCAUGGGGACCACACCCUGGACGAAGGGGAGACCUUUAGGUGUCUGAGCAGGGGGAUGAACCGUCAUCUCCCUCAAGAGCAUCUGGAGAUCCCACCUCAUCACAACACGCCCCCGUCAUCUCAGACAUUGAGUCUGAGCUGCUGUACGGAGCUGAAACAUGGAGAAAAACAACCAACAAGAGAUUCUGGACGUUCACUGAUUCGUGUCUGAGAAGAAUCCUCAAGAUCCACUAGAAACCAUCAAAGAACAACCAGGAACAACCAGAAGGCUCCUCAGUGGAGGUAUCUUCAUGUUUUCUCAUUUUUGAGGUCAAGUAUCUGAUGGAGUACAAGUCCAUAACAUGCUGUACAGCACAGGUGUCAAAGUCAAAGCCCGGGGGCCGGAUCUGGGCUUUUUGGACUGUUUGGCAUUUACUAAGAUUUUUUUCAGCUACAGGCUAGCUGUUUUGGAUUACCAAGUUUUUUUUUGUUUGUUUGGUUUUUUUGUUUUUUACCUGUACAGGUUCAUGUAAGAUUGUUUAGUACGAUGUAUAACGGUGACCUUCAUUAAGCUGUUCAGUUUUAUGCAACCAAGUAAGGUCUUUAAAACGAGCUUGACCUGUGGGUGACCUUUGGGAGGCGUGGUCUGAAAUAUUGUUUGUUAAUUGGAUAACUUUGUGUUCCUCGUUGUGUCAUAUUCUUUGGGUAAAGUGCAAGUCCACACUGUGAAAAGUGAAACAUUAAAUCAAUUAACAAAAGCUCUGUAAUUUGCUACAUUUAAAAAUAUUAGUUUUUAUUAGAUUACGUUUUUAGGUUGAAUAAAUCAUCAACUAAAAAUUUUGACUGGAUGAAAACUAAUAAUUAUAAUGAUAGUCAUUUACAGCUCUUUUUUUAACUGAUCAAAUGUUUCCCUUUUUUUAGAGCAUUUUGUUUUCUGUUACUGAGGUAGAAAAGAGCUUUCAUCACAUUUCAGUGACAGUAGACGGCGGACCGUGACAGAACUUGUCCGUCAGCUCAGCUGCUGUCACGUCUCUGCUGCAGGACGAAGAAACCAGAUAAAAGUGGAGAUAAAAUAGUUGUUUUAUCUCUGCCUCUCAUUCAGGGUCAUGUGGGUUUGUUCUAUUAUCCUGACUGAAGACAACAGUCAAGUUUUACUAAAUAUCCACUUGGAAAGUAUUUAUUCUUUUGUUUUUAUACUUAUUUGUUUCAAGGUGACUGAAAAUAAAAUGGGGCUGCAGGA